AAAAACCCCUCUAAUCAUCAAAUAAGAAACUAAGAACUCCAAGGCGAUUCAUCUCCUUCAACGAGCAGUAAGUCAAGACCAGCUUUACAAAAAGUUAUCCAUGCUUGACAUGGGCUGUGCCUGAAACUUUAUCUUGGUUCUCCUACUAUAGUACCUGGAAUCUACAUCGAUGUUCUGUGUUUCUUCUACUUGUGUGCAGCACAUGUAUGCACCUUAAUUAGUGCAUGAUGGCAGAGUAUUCCUUUUCUGCUACUUGUCUUUGAGAAACUUAUGUAGUGCUGCAAUGUAAAGGCUUGAAUAAUUGUCCCAAUUGGCCCACUUGGAAUAGUCUUUAAUUUCAAAGGUCACAUCAGUAUGUUCCGUGUAAACUUUAUCUGGAAGGAAAGAAUAGCUUGGAAAAAGAUGCACUUCCUCUUUAUCCCUGGUUAAUUUUGGCGAUGGCAAUGUUCUUGUCAGAGUAGUUUUCAGACAGAGAAGCUAGCUCAGAUAAGGUCGAACCCUAAUCCUUACAGUGUGAUUUUCAGUCAUUUGUAGGAAUCAGACAGUACGUAGUAUUAGUUCCAUGGUUUUGCCUUCUCUAUUUUCACUAAUGCAAGUAUACAUAUUUGCAGCUUUGAUUCAAGUCUGGCGCCAAAGGUAUGGCUGCUGAAUCAGAAACUUUCAUGGCUUUGGGUCUAUCAGAUGAAUCCGGUAGAGGAGUUUCGGGAACCCCACGGGUGCUCGUGCUUAUUGCAUCUGUUCUCGAGAAAUCCCUUCAAAAGAACGAAAAGCAGUCAACCACGUCAAGAAGAAAAGAUGCUAUUACCAUCUUCCAUGGCUCAAGAUCUCCCACCUUGAGCAUUACACAGUACAUCGACCGCAUAUUCAGGUACUCGAGGUGCAGCACUUCUUGCUUUGUUGUUGCCUAUAUAUACAUCAACAAGUUCCUUCAGCAAACGGAUGCCUAUCUUACCUCCCUGAAUGUACACCGUCUUCUGAUCACAAGCAUCAUGGUAGCUGCAAAGUUCUUGGAUGAUGAGUGCUAUGACAAUGCCUAUUAUGCCAGGAUUGGAGGUGUAAGCACUGCAGAAAUGAAUAGAAUGGAGAUGAAAUUCUUGUUCAAUUUGGAUUUUAGGCUCCAUGUUACAGCCGAAGUAUUCAUGAACUGCUGCUUGAAACUGGAAAAUGAAAGUGGGAAGUACCAGAAUGGCCAGGCCGAUCCAAGCUUGUGGCCUCGAAGGCGGCCAGCAAGACAAAGAUGAGAGGAAUCAUGCUGCCAGAAUUGCAGGUUACAGCAACAAAACCAUGGUGAAAGCACUCUUUUCUUCUGCUAAGCAAGAACAAUUUAGCAUGGAACUGAGUACAUAACUAUACAUGGAAUGUGAAGGUUUCCUGAUCUGCAAAUAGCAAAAAAAAUCUCACCAUCAUUUAGCACAUGGUGUCCAAGCCAGAAAAUAUAAUGACAGUAGUCAUAUCAUAAAAAUCUGUAGCAAAAUUUUUAUUAUUGUACAAGCCCUGCACAAUAACUGAGUUUUCAUGGUA